AUGCCCAGGCGAGGGUUGCAGGUCCACGGCCGCGUCCGGUGGAUUUUCCUGGGCUUGUGCUUGCUUUUAAUCCUGCUGUUGUUCGCCUACCUGCUCGAAUGCACCCCUCCGGCAGACCUCGGCCUCUCCGCUCCCGGGGUCGACCAAUACGGCCGUGAGUAUUACCAAGCGUUACUGCAAGAGCAAGAGGAAAGGCACCUGAACCGAGCGGCCAGUUUAAAACGGCAAAUCGCACAGCUGAAGCAAGAGCUGCAGGAGAUGAGUCAAAAGUUAAAAAUGUUACAAGACAAAAGGGAGACUCCCAUGGUGCAAGGUUUGACGGAGGGUAAAGACCAAGAGCCGAGCGAUUUGUUGGAGUAUUUACACUCGCAGAUCGACAAGGCAGAGGUGAGCACGGGCGCCAGGUUUGCCAGCGAGUACGCCCUGGUGCCGUUCGAGAGCUUCACGGCGUCCAAAGUGUAUCAGCUGGAGAUGGGGCUGACGCGGCACCCCGAGGAGAAGCCGGUGAGGAAGGACCGCAGGGACGAGCUGGUGGAGGUGAUCGAGGCCGCGCUGGACAUCAUUAAUAACCCAGACGAGGAGGACGGGGCGGAGGAGGACGCACCCAUGCAGAGGCAGAUGUACACGGAGGCCCAUUUCACUGAAGGGCUGUACAGGACCGAGCGCGAUAAGGGCAGUCUGUAUGAGCUGUUUUUCUCCAAAGAGGACUCCAGCAGUUUUCGUCACGUGACUUUGUUCCGUCCGUUCGGUCCCUUGAUGAAAGUGAGGAGCACGUCUGUGGACUCCUCCGGGAUCAUCAUAAACAUCAUCGUGCCGCUGUCGGGGCGCGGCGAGACGUUCACACAGUUUUUAAACAACUUCAGGGAGGUGUGCAUCCAGCAGGACCGGAGAGUCUUCCUCACUGUGGUUUACUUCGGGCAGGACGGGCUCCCGGAGGUCAAGUCGUCUCUGGAAAAACUCUCCCGGGAGGAGGGCUUCUCCAACUACAGCCUGAUCCCGGUGGAGGAGGAGUUCUCUCGGGGCCGCGGUCUGGACAUCGGGGCCCACGCCUGGACCAGAGGAGACGUGCUCAUGUUCUUCUGCGACGUCGACAUCCACUUUAAUGCAGACUUUCUCAACACCUGUCGCCUCAACGCUGCCCCCAAUAAAAAAGUCUUUUAUCCAGUGGUUUUCAGCCUGUAUAAUCCUGCUAUAGUUUAUGGAAACUUGGAGCUGGCUCCACCCAUCGAAAUGCAGCUGAUUCAUAAAAAAGAUGCUGGAUUUUGGAGAGACUUUGGUUUCGGCAUGACCUGCCAGUACAGGUCGGACUUCUUAAAUAUAGGUGGUUUUGACCUGGAGGUGAAAGGCUGGGGCGUGGAGGACGUUCACCUGUAUAAGAAGUACCUCCGCAGCGACGUGAUUGUGGUGCGCGCCCCGGUCUCCAGCCUCUUCCACCUGUGGCACGAGAAGCAGUGUGCGGACGAGCUGACCCCAGAGCAGUACCGCAUGUGCAUCCAGUCCAAGGCCAUGAACGAGGCCUCGCACCCGCACCUGGGAAUGCUGGUGUUCAGGGAGGAGAUCGAGACCCACCUCCGCAAACAGGCCUUCAAGACGCAGAGCAAGAGAGAGGACUGA